GGCAUGUGAACGCCGGGGUGCGUGUGUUGGGGCAUGGUGCGCACAGAUUGGGGGCUCUAAGGUUGGGUGGGGGAAGGAGCCCCGGGAAACAGUGUGCCUUUGUGAGGGUGUGUGUGUGUGUGUGAGUGUGUGUCGCUGAGUCUGUGUGCAGUGGGUGUGAGUGUUUGUCUCCCUGUAUCCGCCUUCUCUCCCGUUCCGGACUUUUAGCCUUCCUGGGCUCGUUUUCCCCAUGUCCUACCUCCUCCCUCUCGGGGCUCGAAUUAGGUGCCCUAGUGGAGGAGGGAGGCACGCUCCAGGACCUAGUCCAACCCCAGCCGCUGCCUGAGGCUUCCCUCCAGCUCCCCCUCCCUUCCUUUUCUCCCUUUCCUCCCUCCCUCUCUUUCCUCUCCUCCCUCCCCCCCCCCAGGCUGGCGUGCCAGGGGGUGGGACAUGCCAAUCAGUGGUUGUGCCUCUCCGGCUGCCAGCACAGGGCGCAGCUCCCCCCGGGAGCCAGGUGUUUGGGUCCCUGGAGACGGCGCCGGCCCCCGGGGAGGCAGUGGGGCUGAGGACCCUACAGACCCUUCUCCAGUCCCAUGGGAACCCUGACUCCCACCACCCCCAUCCACCUUCAGGCCCCCCAAGAUGGACUGAACCAGGUUGCUGGCCAGACGGACAAGCUGGAUGCCAAGGUGAUGACCCCCCCGUGAGGAAGCCCUGUAGUGUGACUAGAGGAAGGGGCUGCCCCCGCCGGCCCCCCCCAACCCCGCCACCAUGAAUACCUCGGCCCCGCCCGCCGUCAGCCCCAACAUCACCGUCCUGGCCCCGGGAAAGGGGCCCUGGCAAGUGGCCUUCAUUGGGAUCACCACAGGCCUCCUGUCCCUGGCCACGGUGACAGGCAACCUGCUGGUACUCAUCUCCUUCAAGGUCAACACUGAGCUCAAGACAGUCAACAACUACUUCCUGCUCAGCCUGGCCUGCGCUGACCUCAUCAUCGGCACCUUCUCCAUGAACCUCUACACCACGUACCUGCUCAUGGGCCACUGGGCUCUGGGCACACUGGCCUGCGACCUCUGGCUGGCGCUGGACUACGUGGCGAGCAACGCCUCCGUCAUGAACCUGCUGCUCAUCAGUUUCGACCGCUACUUCUCCGUGACCCGGCCCCUGAGUUAUCGAGCCAAGCGCACACCCCGCCGGGCGGCGCUGAUGAUCGGCCUGGCCUGGCUGGUCUCCUUCGUCCUGUGGGCCCCAGCCAUCCUCUUCUGGCAGUACCUGGUAGGGGAGCGGACGGUCCCGGCCGGCCAGUGCUACAUCCAGUUCCUGUCCCAGCCCAUCAUCACCUUCGGCACGGCCAUGGCCGCCUUCUACCUCCCCGUCACGGUCAUGGGCACACUCUACUGGCGCAUCUACCGGGAGACGGAGAACCGGGCCCGGGAGCUGGCGGCCCUGCAGGGCUCCGAGACACCCGGUAAGGGCGGCGGCAGCAGCAGCAGCUCCGAGCGGUCCCAGCGGGGGCCUGAGGGCUCCCCGGAGACCCCCCCGGGCCGCUGCUGCUGCUGCCGGGCGCCCCGGCUGCUGCAGGCCUACAGCUGGAAGGAAGACGAGGAAGAGGACGAAGGCUCCAUGGAGUCGCUCACGUCCUCAGAGGGGGAGGAGCCCGGCUCUGAGGUGGUGAUCAAGAUGCCCAUGGUGGACGCCGAGGCGCAGGCCCCCGCCAAGCCGCCCCCCCGGAGCUCCCCCAACACGGUCAAGAGGCCAACCCGGAAAGGGCGUGGGCGAGCGGGCAAGGGCCAGAAGCCCCGAGGGAAGGAUCAGCUGGCCAAGCGGAAGACCUUCUCGCUGGUCAAGGAGAAGAAGGCGGCGCGGACCCUGAGCGCCAUUCUGCUGGCCUUCAUCCUCACCUGGACGCCAUACAACAUCAUGGUGCUGGUGUCCACUUUCUGCAAGAACUGUGUCCCCGAGACCCUGUGGGAGCUGGGCUACUGGCUCUGCUACGUCAACAGCACCAUCAACCCCAUGUGCUACGCUCUCUGCAACAAAGCCUUCCGGGACACCUUCCGCCUGUUACUGCUUUGCCGCUGGGACAAGCGUCGCUGGCGCAAGAUCCCCAAGCGCCCCGGCUCUGUGCACCGCACCCCCUCCCGCCAAUGCUGAUGGCCGCUCACCUGCAUCCCGCCGCCCCAGUCCCCGGGAGAGCCGGGUAGGACGCGGGCAGGGGCUGUGACCUCAGACCCAGGGCCCUGCUCUGUCUUCACCAGGCUUCCGGGGGAGGGGAGGGGGGGGGGCCCCUAGGUCACCUUCCUGGACAGCCAAACUUUGCUCUUCCCAGGCAGGGAACAAACCCAACCCGGGGAACUGGUUUUUCCGUUCCCUGCUGGGUGGGAAUGGGCUCUUCACCAGGAAGAAGGCCGGGGAGACGGAUCCAAGCUCUGGAUCCCUUGUUUGCCUUCAGGCAGGAAAUCUGUGGGGAACCAGCAACGGCCGGGCCAGGAGAAAGAAGGUUCACAUCUCAGUCAUCCCUGGCCCAGGGGCUGGCCCGGAUCGCUCGGCUCCAAGGGAGCACCCCCUGACUGGGCAUCCCCUCCCUCCGCAGGCACAGCCCCCACCACCCCCGGGCCGUAGGCACACUCUCCAGGGUUGUCCAGCCUCCCUACAAAUGUCCCCAGAGUGUCCCCAAGGCAGAUGUCCAAGCAUCAACAGGACAAUGCCACCAGAAGAGACCAGCUAGGCCAGUCACACACCAAGUCCCCAAGGCAGCAGCAGGACCAGGCGCCAGGCGUUCUGACUGUCCCACUAUGUAGUUUCCCUGGGAAUGAGGGGCAGGGCUGCCUGCUCUCCGGCCCCACACCUAUACCCUCUGCCCCAGAGAAGCCCUCAGUCCCUCCCUCCCUCCCUGGCUCACGGCCACCACCUGGAUAGAUCUGCUCCGUGCAGGCCUAGCCAGGCCUCCCGCAUGCUGCCUGCCUCCAGCCUGCCCCACACAGGCCUGGCCCAGCCGAAGGGUCCUCUCCUGUGAGCUCCCCGUCCAACCCAUGCAUGGCCUCCCAGCCGCCCUUAUGUCCAGGCCCAGCCUGGCCGCAAAUGUUCUUUCCUUCUAUCCUCAGCAAGUGCUGAGUCUGUGAAUAAAACCACAUGACU